AUUCUCAAAAAUCUUUUCCCUGUCGUCCAUUUCGACGUUUGCACGUGUUUCACGUAGUGCCAGUGGAGAUUAAAUAGAUUCACGAUGGCACCGAAAGGUAAUAAUAUGAUUCCAAAUGGGCAUUUCCACAAAGACUGGCAGCGCUUUGUGAAGACGUGGUUUAACCAACCGGCCCGUAAAAUCAGGAGACACCAAAACCGCGUGAAGAAAGCCAGGUCUAUCGCACCUAGACCUGCUGCUGGCCCUUUGAGACCCGUUGUUAGGUGUCCAACAAUCAGAUACCACACUAAGGUCCGUGCUGGGCGUGGGUUCACCCUGCAAGAAUUAAAAGCCGCAGGACUUAAUGCCAGGUUCGCUAAAACUGUUGGGAUUGCCGUAGAUGUUCGCAGGCGAAACAAAUCUGUUGAAUCUAUUCAACUUAAUGCUCAAAGGCUAAAGGAAUACAAAUCUAAAUUAAUCCUGUUCCCUGUACAUCAAAAGGCUAAGUUGAGAGCUGGUGAAGCCACUGCCGAAGAAAGGAAAGUCGCCACUCAGUUGACUGGUGAAGUCCUGCCAAUUAGACAGCCUGCUCUGAGAACCAAGGCUCGUGUACCAACAGAAGAAGAAAAGAACUUCAAUGCCUAUGUCACCCUUAGGAAAGCCCGCGCUGAUGCCAGGUUAGUUGGUAUUCGUGCCAAGAGAGCAAAGGAUGCAGCUGAAAACCCAGAAGAUGUAACCAAGGCUGGCAAAGAAAAGAAAGCCAAGAAGUAAAUAAGUGAAUAUUUACUUUAAGUUUUUUUUACAUUGUUAGGACUAUAAAAGAAAAUAAAAAAUGGUUUCCAUAAAA